AAAUUUCAAGACUUAAUUGAUCCUGUGAUAAUAAAAUCAGUGGUCAUCGACGGGAAGAUACCGGAAGACGUCUCUCGAGGGAAUGCAGAAAAACCAAGACCUGUCCCUACUACAACAUUGGGCAUAGCUAAAAUGCUGGUCAUGAAGAGACGCAUUGAAUUCGCACCAGCAUCGGGGACAUUUGUUGUCCGUGGAUUAUUCGGACCGGCACAUAAUGUACAUCUUGGAAAUCAAACCUGCACUUGUGCAAGGGUCAAGAGGGCCGGGAAGAAAGGGUCUGGGCGCGUUCGCGUCGAGCCUAGCCUUGCCCUUUCACGCCAGGGAAAAAUUCCAGAUUUAACCCCAUCCUCUCCUACAUCAUCAACUGGUGGAUUAGCUUGCCAAAACUCAUCGGAUCAGGACGUCGCAUCGCCAACACAAGCGGAAAGUGCAAUCAAAAAGUUACGCUAUAUUGCACUGGACCUCAUUCCACCAAUAUCGCAAACCAAUGUUGAGUCUACAAUUCUAAGCAACCCGAAAAUCACAUUUGGCGACUUAAAAAGUCUGGCCAUCCAACUGAAGCGUGCAGAGUGUGGAGUUCUAAAUAAACUCCAGCUUCAUUGCGUAGGCCCAUCCAUAAAAUAUGAUGAAGAUCACCCAGGUUGGCUGACUGAUGCUGUGAUCGAUGACUUUCAUCAUUUAUGUGUAAACUCUGCCAAGACGGUUUCUUUACCGUCUGGUUCUACCCACUGUUUCCUGGAACUUGAGGAUGGAGCCACCCUACCAAACACAACGCUGUAAAGCGUUGAGAUUGAUUAUAAUCGGCCUGAAUUGGAGCUAAUUUUAGCACCAAUCAACCUGGAUCAAUGUCACUGGGUACUUGGAGCUUUCUGGAUUCAAUCAGGUGGGGGUGGAUUUGAUGGGGGUGGGGGUGGAUUUAUAAAUGCCGUCUUUAUCAAGUUAACCUUAUUCUAGAUUUAGCAGAGGGAUUUAUUUAACAUAGACUUCAGUGUGCAAUUAUAGAUUCAGAGUAACAUUAUUUUUAAGAGUGCAGGUAAGGCAUUCUGUGAUAUGACAUACCAAAAAUUAUCGUAUGCAUUUACGUAUACGAUUAAUCUACAUAUUCGAAUCUUAUAAAAGUACCUGAACCUGACCAACACAAAAUUUGCAUAUGUAUAUAUUAAUUAUGUAAACUUGAGCCGGUUUAUAAAAAGUCCAGCAGACAGAAAAGCUGUAAAUAUAUCUUUGCUCCUCGGUGUUUGUCUAAACCAGCAGUCAAAAUUUAUCAAGCAUAUGGCCGCAUAACUGCCGAAAGGUUGGAAAUUAAGGUUUCUGAGUGCAGAAAUACUUUCAUUUGUAAACUUGAGAAUUUAGCGUGCAUAAUUUAAAUAAAGAUAUUUCAUAA